AUGGAGACACCUGUCCACUCGGUUCCAGUGAAGACCUCUGAGAGUGUCAUUCGCUUGACUACAAUUGUCCCUGAUACUACAGUAGAAUCAGAAGCUGCUCAACAUGUCCAGGAACCGGAGGAUGAACAGGUUGAAGACCGCAGCAGAAAGGAGGCUUUGUGCCUGUACUUGAUCAUGGCAUUAUUGACCAGUGUAGGAUUGUUUCUUGGGAGCGGUGCAGCACUUGCUGUGGCCGGCCCCUUUGGCGGAGUGCUGGCUUACCUCCUCGUCGGCACUGUGAUUUCUUCUGUUGUGUCUUGCUUGGGCGAAAUGACUGCCCUGAUGCCAGUUAACGCUCCCGUCGUGGAGUUUCCCCGGCGUUUCCUCGAUCGAGGCGUUGGUUUUGCAGUGGGCUGGAUGUACUGGUUCACUUUUGUUGUUGUCGCCGCCCAAAAUUUGGUUAUAGCAGCUAGGACGGCAAAAUUGCACUACGAUGACGACAAGACGUUUUUGGCGUGGGGACGCGGAGAAAACGUUGAUGCCCAUAUUUGGUUUGCUCUCUUCAUGUUUACUGUCCUAAUCAUUAACCUAUUCCCUGUCAAAUAUUUGGGCAUGUUUGACUACGCCAUGGGAACCAUGAAGCUGGUAUUUAUUGUGUUCUUGAUUGUCAUGUCGAUUGUUCUCGAUACUAUACCACCUCGUGCAAACUCAUACCAUGAUGGGCCAGUUGGGACCAAGUAUUGGAACUUACCGUAUGAAUCCAUCAAAUCUGUUUAUCAGGUCUGGAGUCGUAGCGGGAGUGUUCAACGGGAAAUCGGCGGCUCAGCAGGAAAGCUACUUGGGAUGUGGUCGGCUUGCAUCAACGUGAUGUACGACUAUGCGGGCUUGGAGAUCUUCGCCGCACCCGCCGCGGAGAGCAAAUCUCUCGCUGAUUCGGAGAGUAUGAAAAUGGCCGCACGGAAGAUAUACAUCCGGGUUAUGGUCCUGUAUACGCUUGCAUUUCUCACUGGGUCAUUCCUUGUCCCAUCAGACCAUCCUUUCAUCAACGGCCAUGCACAGUCGACUAGCUCUCGUUCCAUAUUCUUGAUAGCCGUUGUGGAAGCGGGGAUACCUACUUUGGCUCAUUUUUAUAACGUUAUAUUCCUCAUUACCACGUUGACCUGCGCGAUUAAUUCUGUUUACGUUGCCUCGAGGGUUUUACAUACCCUUGCGCUCAGGGAGCAGACAGGUCCGAAUUUCAUUACUCGCCGGUUGCAAAGAUGCAAUUCCGGGGUUCCCAUGAGGACUGUGGUUGUGACAGUUAUCAUGAUGUUUUUAGGCUUUAUGAGCCAUAAUGAUUCAGAAAAGGGCCCGAGGCUGGACGGGCUAGCUUCGAACGCAACGGUAUCGUUUCUAGUCAUUUAUAUUAUCAUUUGCGCAACAUACCUCUGUUUCUACAAGGCGUUCGUAUCCCUAUGCUUCUACAGUGCAAGCAAAUGGUUUAUGCUCACCCACGAGUAUCACAGACUUAAAGAAGCCCGAGCAUCUGGAAAUCCCUCCGAAUGCUACGCCACAUUUUACGACCGCAAUAAUCCUCGCUAUCCUUACAAAUCCCACGCACAAUGGUUUAAAGCCCUCUGGGGCAUGACGGCCUGCACGAUUCUGUGCAUCUUCAGUGGAGCAACAACUUUCCUCAGAACGCCAUUCGACACUCAUGGAUUCAUCGUUUCAUAUAUUAGUGCUACAAAAUUCGCCAUCACGGUCUACGAAUUUCACGCUGGGGCCCAGAGCGAUCCUGUGACCUGCGGAAUUGUGUACAGACGACGAGCGAAAAGCGGAAAGGCGUCCUCGAGUUUCCGGAUCAUGGAUAUACGUGGAACAACGCGAGAUCGUUCUUUGGGUGGGUCUGGGUUUGGAUGA